GCCACACGCGAGUGCCUUCAACUGCUCGGAGGGCACAAAAUCUUGCGGCAAAUUCGCCCUCUCCACCAUCCUCUUCAUAUUAGCUCUGCUGCACAAGCUGCUUCACAGCCCUCUUCUCGUGACUCAUCAUCAUCGUCUCCUCUUCUUCCUCCUCCUCCUCCUUUGCUGCAAAAGAAUUCGGCGAAGUGGGGCAGCACAUUCGUCAGCACAACCUGUUUGCCCUUGUCGACCCUCAGCAGCUCCAGCAUCCUCGAAGCCCUCUUCUGCGCUAGCACACUUCCAAAGAGAGUGAGCUCGAGUAGUGCCGAAACUGCCCCAGCCUCGAUUAUGGCUUGUCGAUCGGCAUACGACUUA